CAACACUGGAGCGGGCCUGGAAAGUCCCCUCGUGACUCACGGUCCGUGAAGGCAGCAGCGGCGCGCGAACAGAAACAGUCAUGGCUGAAGCGGUGUCUGACGGCGAGCUGCAGGCUGUGAAACCGCCACCCAAACGCAGACGCAUCCUCGACCCGUCUGCGAUCGUCCCGGUUCCCGUGUACUCGAGCAAGGUGAGCAGCAGUCUGCAGCUGAAGCCGAUGGCGACGACGUUCAUGGAGAAACAAAACGCAGACGAACGCGCAGACGAUGAGAGUUUGUGGUCCCGGUUUUCAUCUCGAGGGCCCACUGUGGUCCUCCCCACCACCACCACCACCACCACCACCACCCUCAGCGACUCUGAGGAGGAAGAGGUCGGACAUGUGGAGCAGAAAACAGAAACAGACUCCAUUGGCUGCCCGUCUCCUCCCCCUCCAGAGAGUCCGGUUCAGAAACAGUCCCGACGGUUCCGACAGAAGAUCAGUGAGUUCGACAGGAAGCUCCGGGAGGUGAACUCGCUCCUGUCUCCUGAACCUCAGGACCGGAGGGCCAGACGUCGCCCGGGUCGCUCGGGUCGCCCGGGUCGCCCGUCUCCGGACGACGACGAAAUCAUCAUCACGAGCCCCAACGAUGACGUCAUCAUCACUAGCCCCAACGAUGACGUCAUCAUCAUGAACCCCAACGAUGACGUCAUCAUCACGAGCCCUAACCCUGCACUUCCGGACUCGCCGUACAGCUCCUCGGUCCGCGAGAUCCCCCUCAAGAUCCGCUGCCGGACAGACGUCCACAAGAUCCCGGUGCUGUCGUCGACGCCGUUAAGCGACGUGCUGACCCAGCUGUCCGUCAUCCUCGCCGUUCCUCCUCCUCGCCUCCUGCUGCUGAGGGAGGAAGAGGAGCUGCCGACGCACUCGACGGUCAGCGAGCUCGGCCUCGGCAUCGCGGACAUCAUCGAGUGUGUCGUCAUGGCAGCGGAGGAUAAAGGCGACGCCACCGGCGACGGCAGGAAUGACAUCACAGUGAGGCUGCAGAGCAAAGACAGAGACGCCUCUCAGGAGUUCUCCCUCCACAGAGACGCGCCGCUGGGCUCCAUCUUCUCCCAGUACCUGUCCCGGUUGCCUCCCGUCGCUCAGACGAAGGUCCGCUUCCACUUCGACGGCUCCAAAGUGACCGACCGCCAGACGCCGGCUCAGCUCGACAUGGAGGACGGAGACAUCAUCGAAGUUUGGAUUUAAAAUGUAAAAACAGAUUUCAUAGUUUAGUUUAUUUGUUAAAGUUACUUUGUUUGUAAAUGUUGAAAAUAAAAAGCAGUUCAGAUGAAAACAAA